AUGCGUGAAUACAAACUCGUCGUCCUCGGCUCUGGUGGUGUCGGAAAGUCCGCAUUGACGGUUCAAUUUGUACAAUCGAUGUUUGUGGACAGAUACGACCCGACGAUCGAGGACUCUUAUCGGAAACAAGUCGAGGUGGAUGGGCUGCAAUGCAUGCUCGAGAUUCUCGACACAGCAGGCACCGAGCAGUUCACAGCCAUGCGGGAUCUUUAUAUGAAGAACGGACAGGGCUUUAUUCUCGUCUUUUCUAUCAUUGCCAGCGCAACGUUUGAUGAACUCACAGAGAUCCACGGUCAACUCUUGCGUACCAAGGACACACGCACAGUACCAAUUGUGCUGGUGGGCAACAAAUGCGACAUGGCAAACGAACGCAAUGUCUCACAAGAGCGGGCCAAGGCACAGGCCGACAAAUGGAACACGCCCUUCUACGAGACAUCAGCCAGAACAAGGAUAAACGUCGACGAAGUCUUCCACGACCUGGUCCGGAUGAUCAACCUGCAGAAUCCAGCCAAACACGACAAAUCUAAGAAGAACACCGUCAAAUGCGUCCUACUCUAA